CCACCCCCGUCAUGCCUUUUGAUCAUCAUCAGAGUUAUUAUCUUCCACAGUUUUAACAUGCAUCUUCUUAGCCUGUCAGGAUUGCUCGCAACAAAUGCCAUAGUUGCGAUGAUUAGCUCGAAAUUUAUUUUUGUGAUAGGCCAUGUCGAAAGCCGGCAGAUCCACAUCUGUGGACACCUGGCAGCACGCCACUGCUCUAAGUCGUUUUGUCAACAUUCAACUGUAGCAAAAUAGAACACGACGAUCAUAAACAUGGCCGCCUACACCAAAAAGGUUGCGCAUGCGCACCACCGACCAAUCCUCGACAUCAUGUGGCCUACUGCCCAUGAUUUUUGCGCAAACCAAAAUUUUUUUUUGUUUUUGGCCUCUGCCCCCAGGAUUGGGUGUACUGGUGCCAGGGCUUUGGGGAUACCACGUCGAAGGCAGGGGUUUAGAUCCCCUCUAACUUAGAGGGGUUGAGCGGGUCCUUUGCUUUGGGGUCACUGCAGGAGUAUUAGACUUCACAGAAAUAAGCCGCAUUGGCUGAAUUUGUGGCCGGCUUCCUGGGCCUUGGCCUUGGCACUGUGCGCUCUGAUCUCAACCGACCGCAUCUAGAACCAGCCGACCAAACAGGCGGCUUUUAGCCUGCCCUUCUACGCUGUUGCAACACAGCUGGGAGGCCGAGCCCUUGGGCCACUACCUACAAAGACCGAUCUAGAGGGCUGCCGGGAAAGACUCACGCAGUCCCCCCCAUAUUACGAGAUGGGGCCAGCGUGGUUCUCCGAGGGGUAGGCCCAGGCUCUGGCGUCGCUGGCACUGACCGACUUUAUCUGAUGUGUGUUUGGAAGAUCUAGCUACUUAAUACCUAAACCUAUUUGCUUCCGGGAGACGUCGCUAGCUAUCGGAAUGAUGAUGCACAUAGUCCAGCCGUUACCUUCCGCACCUUAUUUUUUUUUUGAAAAAUUGAUUGAUUUUUUCAUUAAAAAAACCGGAUCGUGGAUGGGGAUGGGAAAUUUUCUGUGGAUACAUGUAACGUCUGUUGUACAACGAGGAUGGAGAGUUUCUGAAGGAGCAAAUAGAAAUAUGUUGACCACGACCAAACAAUUGCUGAAGGGCCACAGAUGAAGUUCUCACAAGAUGAUCAAAUUUUGAAUAAUUUCAAUUUUUUCCAAGAAGAUGGACGAUUCAGGUUUGGUGAUGUCCAUUUCUUUGGGAUGCGAGGCUCUCCCUAGAAGUACCGCAUCUUUGAUGAUGAACGAAAUCGAACAAGCAGCAAGAUUAUUAUAAGUCAGCUUCUCAAAGUGAUGAACUAAUAGAAUCUGUCCAUGAUGAACAACUUACACUUAGCAGAGAUAAAGUAACAAACAAGAAAAUAAAAUAACGAUAGCUUUUUAUCCCGCAUGCCUAUUUGUAUUUCAUCCUGAUCAGAGGGAACUUGUAUGAUGCAAGUAGAACCACGGGGAGGUGGCUGCUGGUCGUGGCCCGUCUUGUAUGGUUUCGUACUAAAAUAAAUGCGAAUAUUGAACCAAAAAGUGUAUGAAAUGCAAACUACUCUUCAACAUGAUGUCGCGAUUUACUUACUCUCGCCAGCGAAAAGUGCGGCUGUUUCCUUUGUCCGCUUGAUAUAAAUCGGCUUUCGCUUUCGUUUCUGUUCGUCGUAAGCACAAGCAGGUAUGGUCGUUGAGAGACAGUCAAUGGAAAACCUGAAUUGAGGUAUAAGUAUCAAUUCUAAUGCGACAGUCGGCGUUCUUCUUGACAGCUCGGGAUUGUUGCGUCAUCGAUCGGACGAAAAAAAGAGUGGGAGGGUCGUGGUCUUCAGUAGGAAAACGUAAUUGCACUAGUCAUUGGGGGUAGUCGUGGUCUUCAGUAGGUGGUCAGAAGUGCUUACUGUUGUAUUUUUCUGAAUAUUGUAGUCAUCUGAACCAACAAUUUUGGUGCACGUUAGUCGUGUACAACAAGUGCCUGCGCCGUCGCCACGAACUUGUAAAACUACGCAUCAUCUAAACUUCCUGUUGAGCGACCUCUUUGCAGUAGUGACGCAACAUAUUACCUGAACUACAGCAGGAAUUGAUUUUCUUCACCACUGGUGCAGGUGCUGAAAAACGUUCAUUCUUUUUUUCGAAAAAAUCAGAGGCGAAACCGAAAGAGUUGUAAUUGACAGUGAGAAAUAAGCGGCGUUGUAGUACCCAUCCACGCAAAAGCACAAACAUGGGGCGUCGUGGUCCGAACGCGCGCUGCCGGAAGCGUGUGACAACCACUGCGCAGUUGUUGGCGUUGCCACCCACCUUCCCGGGAGAGGAUCAUUUCAGUAUAUGAAUAUGUUUUAUGUUUUUCUUUGAUGAUGGUUCAUCUUUGUCGUGCAUGGUGAUAGUACAGCUGCUAGGAAUGUUGACGAGGACAAUAGAUUUUCGAAAACAUGCACCGACUACGCACAUUUUUUACUCUUUGAAAAGUAAUUCUAUUCUUCUGCACUCAGGAAUCCAAUCCAAACAAGAAAAAAAUAUCGAAAUAAUUUCUAUCAGGUUGGUGCGUCAAUGCCUACGAAAAUUUGCGCGGCACGCAGAACAUCCCCCCCCCCCAUGGAUGAGGACGAUGACACGGGCAUUCCGGUGAACGAUGUGGUCUAUGCGGAUGGAUCGGUAUUUAAGUAAGUGUAAGGCUUACAAAUCUCUUGGACGAAUGCAAGAAGAUUUGUCGUGAUGAAUAUCUAGUAGACGCGUCCUUCGUUUCUGAUGCAGGGCCUGCUUGCAUAUUGAGAAGUACUCAACACAAACAUCAGACUUCCGUCUUGGAGGAGGAGUUGGUGGUGAAGACCGGGAAAAACGAGGUGAAGGAAGCGGAGGCGAAUGAGGCGGCGUCGAAGAAACUGCAGGAAGGGGAAGGGGUGAAGGAGAAGGAAGCGAAAGCUACGGAAUCGGCCAAGGAGAGCGAGCAGCCGCGCCCCUGGUUUCCGUCUCGGGGGAGCUCCGCCUCCUCCCAAGUGAUGCCGCUCACCAACGUCGCGCUGGGCACUGCGGAUACCGAGCGUCCUACUUCUAGCAAUCGCAAUCCCUAUCCGAGUCAGGAGGAGGAGCAGCCGACGGGGAGGCUCGCGCGGAUGAGGAACGCGGUGACAUCAAACUGGAUGAGGACCAGGACGUCGGCGCGGACGAAUGUCGGCGGCAGUGCUGACAACGACUCGGCGACGCCACCGUCUCCGUCGGGGUCGUCGAGCUCGAGCGGACCGAGCCAGGGCCAGGGCCAGCCCCGAGCAAUGGCCUGGCAAGAAAACCAACUGCGGGACGCGGCAGGUGAUGUCUCCGGCCUCGACGACGUGCAAGUCCACCUAUUGAAUGUACAAGGUAUGGCGUAAGAGUAAAACCGUUUGUACUAUUAAGUAGAUGGUCUGUUCUUGUUCCUUCGCAGUUUAAAACUCUUAUUUUCGCAAGAAUCUUCUUACAGCUUACAACUGAAAGAGUGCGGUGCCACUUUGUUGAGGUUCACACGAUCUUCACGACCUCCAAACUACUUGAUGUGCUGUUGUUUACGGCACUGUGUCUGUGAGUUUAUUUCGAAUGUAUCCUUUACAACAGAUGAAACUGAGGAACUACUCUACUUUAUUGCUGUACAACUACCACUAUUCUUACAUUUUUGAGCCUUAUUUUCUCGCUUUCCAAUCGUUGUACGAGGGCGCACCAAGCACGCCCGUACAGCAGAACUGCGACAAAACUAUACGUCUGUGUCUAAGAACUCGCGACGCUAUCAAGAAGAAGAGCAGACACUCAGUUAUACUACUUCUAUUCUACUCUUGACCGAUAACUACGGAUCAGCGUUUUCAUGAUCUUACUCCUGUUUAUGUUGUUUAGGUUUACACAAUCUUCCUCUUCACAAGAACCGUCCAAUAUUAAUCUCUUUGCAGCUAUUGUUUCGGUCUUAGAAAGUAUGUAGAGGACAGUCUCACUCUCAGUGUAUGACAAUGAUCCGAAAAUAAAAGUGUCCUGUAUUGAUUCACUAGUCAAUGACUUCCUUCAAGUGAACGCUUGCACAGGAGGAGUAUGUAGCUGCUUUUUCCGGGAAGAAAAACGACUUUGUUCUGGGGGCCGAAGUUCAACGUAGGUAUACUUAGUUAACAAAACGUACUGAUUUGCGAGCCCUACCCGACUUAGUACUACGUGCGUUGUUCAGCUCUGCGCUGAACUAAAGAACAGCGGCUUCAUCAUCUACUACCUUGGAGAGCCACUUUUAGCCCCUUACGCCUCGUCGCUUAGCAGCAAGAAAGUGCAAGCACAUUUAGCAAUUUUAGUGCCUUGAAGAUUCAUUUUCCGCAAUGUUAAUGUAUAGCAAUUCCAAUUGCCUGAAGCUCGAACAGCUCCAGCAGCAGCAUCUCCAGAUUGAAAAUAAAAAUUUAUAUAAAUGCUGCUGACCACGACCAGGAGCAGAAACGAAAGAAACAAAUAGAACCUGAAUGCCUCUGGCCACAAUGUACAUAGAGGUAGAGAUAGAGAUAGAGAUCAAACCAUCUACAGGCUUGCCUGAUGUAUGAAAUAAAUGAUGCCGAAG